AUGGCGCUGCCAACCCUCCAGUUCCUCGCGGGGCUCGUGCUCCUCAUAUACCUGCUCUCCUUUGUCCUAUUCGCCUUUAUACGCAUCGCCACCGGGGUCUCCAUACAGCGCCUGGGCUUACGGGGGCUGCGACGCAUCGCCUUCACGCCCAAGGAUGGCCUGCGCAUCGAGAUCCGCGGACUCGGCUUCACCCUUCACCGACCCACAUUCGCACAACCCACGGUAGUCAGCAUCGUCCUGCACGAGCUCAAGGUCACGGUCGACCUCAAAGCGCUGGGAGAGAAACCGCGGAAGAAGACGGGAUGGGCCCAUUGGGCAAACGGCACAACACAAAAGGGCAAGAGCGGCCAGAACACGCCCGAGCCUGUGGCCGAGGACGACGAGCUGGGCGAUGACGAGACACCGCGAAGCCUGACGUGGAAGCGGCUGACAGAUGCCAAGGAGAAGAUCAAGCGCCUGCACCGGAACAUCAACUGGCUCAGGCAGAUCGAUGUCGUGGCUCACGCGACCACCCUGGUCGUAGUCGACGUGGGCUCCAUCCAGGUCGGCGGCCUUAACCUAGCAGUCGACACACGGCGCAAGACGGUCGAUCGCAGUCGCCUCUUCAACCACCACAAGCCCAAGUCCGACGAGGAGCAGUGGCCCGCCGAAUGGCUCUUCUCCGCCCGCAGCAUCCUCUUCACCCCAGAGGGCAGGGAGUCGACCGAACUACUGGAUCACUGUACCCUCAACGUCCACGGCUUCCUCAAGAAAGGCCUCGAGGGUCUGCGCGAUGCAUCUAUCGCACUCAAAUUGGGUCGCCUCCUCAUUCCACUCGACGAUGUCAAGCUGUGCAUGGAAAGGGCCCAGAAGUGUCGCGCGCCUGUCCCUCGGAAGCGAUCUCGUGGCAGUCGGACACAUGUAUCGCUCAGCGAUGUGAUGGAAGAGCUCGACGACCCCAACAGCCGCGAAGAAAACCUCGUCCGUACCGUAUCCGACUCGCGUGAGUUCGCCAGCUCCAUCCUCCGCGGUAUCCAUGAAUUUCAGUUCGCGAUUGGCUUCCUCGGCCUCACCAAGCAGAUCGAAAUGGGCCACAGCUCCGAGCCUCCAGUCUACCUUAAUCUCUCCAUGAAGGAAGUCGGCAUGGACCUCCUCCGCCUCGAUCCUCGCAGUCCCGCGCAUCUCAUGUACUUCUCGCCCGACGACAUUGCCCACCAGGCUCUUCUUGCUGCCAUAUCCAUAUCUGUCGGAAUCGACAACAGCGAUGGCCAUCCCGAACGCCUCCUAUACGUUCCUAUGGCGACCAUGACCCUGAACACGACUCUUCCUUCUAAAACUAUUCAUUUCUCUAAUGACAAAGAUAGUGCCGAGCGCAACACCAACAUACUAUUCGCCAACCUGGUCGUCACAUCACCAUCUCUGGAUCUUGACCCCAAGCAUCUACCACUACUCCUCGCUAUCUUCCACAACUACGAGCUGCACCGCAAGCCGCCUGAAACCAGACAACGUAAGCGAUAUCUGUUUCGCCGGCUCUUGCCCAAAGCGAACAUCAAAAUAUCCAUCCAUGAACCUGUCAUCCGGGUAACUCUACCACCGAUGGACCCCGACAAGCAUGAGGCCGACGAGUUCGAUCUACUCAUCUCUGCAUCUUCCUCAAUUUCCUUGGACAUGGAGUCCUCGCACUCUGCGGAUGGCGAGUUGCAUUACGCACUGAGCUCGACUUUCCGUAUGAACGCACAGCAACUCUACUACCAGACCGCCGCCAUCGAGAAACACAACUUGCUCUUGACCGACUAUCUCGAAGUCAAGGUCCAGAUGAGUGCGGCUCCCGACCCAGUUGUGGAAGUCUGGGGCACCGCACAAACUUUCUCUCUCUACAUGGUUCGGCCUGAAAUUAGUGAAGGACUGCGGCAGAUCGUCACACAGAUGUCAAAGGACAUGGGCCGUCGGCGAAGCCCUCCCAGAAAGAAGGGCGUCAACGUACUCCGGAGACUACCGGCCUGGAUGACAUACGUACAUCUCCAAGGAUCGGACUUCAACGUGGACGUCGCUGGAAUAGAUCCUGAUGUAUCUAAACAAAGUCGAGGAGUUGCUCUGCAUUUGGAAUCUUGGACUGCCGAAUACAAAACUGGACGGGAAGAAGAGAUAGAUCUAAGACCUGCAAGACGGCGCGCACCAAGUAGAAGCAUCAAUCGCGAGGAGCAUCUGCUUAGAUCACCGCCUCCAUCUUCGCCGAAGUCACCGAAAGGAACAUUGAACGGCCCAACCGAUGGUAGACGUCUUGCGUUACAUUUCUACGGGCUAGAAGGCUUGGUCAUCGAGGGCGACGAGCAAUCGGAACAAGAACCAACGUUGUCGCUGCCCCGUAUGGAGAUUGCUCUACACACGCUCUCCGAUAAACAGGGCCCGAUAUUUCACGUGCACUCUUACAGCCAAAACCUCUUUUUGCGUUAUUCGCUCUAUCGUCACUUUGCCUUGUGCAUGGCAAUGCAGGUCCUGCAAAGGUCGUUUGAUUGGGGUGCGGGCAAGACCAAGGCUCCAGAGCCAAGCUCGUCCAGCUCGCCACGGCAUCUGUCCGUACCGUCGUUGGGUGAGGAUGUCGUUGACCCACCCAGCGCAGCCGGCAACGAGAUCGUGACGAUCGAUGUCAAAUCUCACUUUUUCCAGAUCAAAGCUGACAUGCCCGGAGAUCCACCUCUCAUGCUUCAGAUCUAUGGACUUGAGGCGGGAAAGCAUCGCUGGGCCAGCCCCUUCCUUCGCGCACGUCUAGUGCGACUGUUCGCCGAGAACCCUGCCAUCAAACGCGCUUGGAGUCGAAUCGUCAGUGUCAAAUCUUUGCGGUUGGAUUAUCGCCAGUCCAAGCUCAGGUACGGUCACACUGUAACGAACGAAAAGUCAUUCGACAUAGCGACGGACGCGAUAAGAAUCGCUGUGCCUCAUCAACUCGUCAUGCACAAAAUCUUUGACAAUGUCGCGAACGUCGCGAAGACUGCCAAGCAAGUGCAUCAUCGCUUUAAGACUGGAACCAAUGAGUACGUACUGGACAAAGAGGCCGAAGGCCCCAAAAUCGUACCAAAGAUAUCGCUCCGAAGCCGCGCUGUCCUCUUCGAGUUGGAAGACAACGCCUUUGAAUGGAAGCUCGGAACCAUCUACCGUAUCGGACUCAUGGAGCAGAAGCAGAGACUUGCUCGUGAACACGCCUUUGAUCUGAAAGUGCGGAAACUACAACAGCAAGACGAACAACGAGGCGGUACACGGUACCGCGCAAGAUCAGCACAUGAUCCUCGGGGCCGGAACAAGAUCAAGAAGAGGGACAAAGAGCUGAGGUUCCACCGACGCACGAAGAGCGCGGACUCGAGCGGACAUAGCUCACCAGAACGGGGACGUUCAGAUCAUCCUAUGCGGUAUAACAAGGAUGGUUUUAGCGGUCUUAGUGGGUCAUAUGAAACAUCGGUACAGGACGCGCGCGUGAAGCUUAAUCGCCUCAACGCUCAGACGUGGAAAAAGCGUAUCGAUUUCGCAAUGGCAACCCAGAAUCGAUCCAUGAACGACAUCCGCUCGACAUUCUGGGGCUUAGACGAACUGCCGGAUGACAUUGAGCAGAAGGAAACCAUUCUUGCUGUCUCGCAACGCCCAGCCCUGAUGGCGCUGGCUGUCAGCGACCUGGAGAUUGUCAUUGACAAGCCCUCGUUCCCCAUUUCGGAGUACCCACGCUUCCUGCACCGUGUCGGCAAAGGUAUGCCAUUUGAUACGCAGUACGCUCUUUUGAUCCCCAUGCACGUUCAAAUACAGAUGGGAGAAGCCAAGAUCCACCUUCGCGAUUAUCCGCUACCGCUAUUGCACUUCCCGGCUAUCGGCAGUAUACAGUCGUCCCGACUACCGAGCGUCUUGAUGAAGACAGACUUCGUGAUAGCAGAAGAGUUCAGGGACGUUGAAUCUUCUCGCGUCAGCCGAGUUGUUGUCGUACCACAGGAGCGGAACUCUGCAGGCGAGCUCACACGUGGAUACGCGGUGGACGUUCGUCGGACUGUGGCGCCUGUGAAGACAUACUCUGACAUGGCGAUCGAUAUCAACUCAGCAUACCCGACAAGGAUUACUUGGGGCACGUCAUACCAGCCGGCAAUCCAGGAUAUGAUGCAAAUCAUUGAGAAUUUCACAAAGCCAGCUGUAGACCCUUCGGAGAGGGUUGGAUUCUGGGACAAGAUUAGGUUGACCUUCCACUCGCGCAUCAACGUGUCGUGGAAGGGCGAUGGCGACGUCCAUCUGAUUCUUAAAGGUUCACGCGAUCCGUACAUGGUCACAGGUCACGGUGCGGGCUUUGUCAUGUGCUGGCAAAACGACGUGCAACUCAGCAUUGCUGAGGACGAAGACCCUAAAAACUUCAUGAUCGUCAAGAGCGGAAGCUACGUGCUCGCCAUUCCGGAUCUCAAUCACUUUGCUCGUCACGACGCGGAGACUGAAGCUGUGGCCCGUCCAGAUACUGCAUCGAGCAUGUCUAGUCGUAGGCAGAGAGCCGUCUUCAAGAAAACAGUAAUGAAAUUGAACGGCAAUGUGCGCUGGGUUGCCGGACUGGUAUUUGAGCGCAACCUGGACGACGGCGGCCGUUCCUUCAACUUCAUACCCCACUACAAUGUCACCCUCAAGAAUCCAAAGUAUGCGAAAGCAUCCAAUGGAAAGGUCAUCAACCCGUCUCUUGAAUUCGAAGCUCUUGCUGACAUCGUGCAGGAGUAUGACGCUUUCCGAGGCUUCCGCAGUCACCACAUCCACAUGUCUAUCGCUAUCGCUGCUCCAUACGAUCGAGAAUGGUCUGUCGCUAACUUAGAACCAUCAAAGACCUACAACAGUGUGCAUCUCUCACCACGCUUCUUCACACACUUCUACAGCUGGUGGUCGAUGUUCUCCGGUGCCAUGUCAUUGCCCGUACGCCAGGGCAAGCUGUGGCCAGGAGUAGAGAAGUCUAGCAAGAAAUUCGGGCGGCACCUUGCAACCAUCAAGUACAACCUCUUGCUAUCGCCUCUGUACAUGAGCCAUAUCUACAAGCACAAAGAUGCGGAAGACUAUGGUGCAGGCGUUGUGGCCGCCACUGGACUGAAGGCCCGUCUCGACAGUUUCAUGUUCGAUCUCCAUCAGCGCCGCGAAGAAUUCCGAACUUUGGUCCAAGCGCCUGAAGGCCAACAAAACAGCAGGCAAAACAAGACGACUGGUAUGCGCAUCAAUCAAGUACAGCUUGACCUCAUCCGGACAGACAUCCGAGCGGUGUCUGCAAGCAUUGCAGGAACAGGCUCUGAAGAUGUUGAUAACGCCACCGCGGAUGAUCUCGCUAGCUACAACCAGGAGUAUCUAACAGCCGACUUGUCGAAGUUUACGAUUCCCGACAACGACCUAGGCUGGGUCGAUAUGGACGACUUCAUUGAACUUGGCUGGAUCUUACCGUCACGCCGGCAUCCGGAAACACAGAUUCUCCCGCUAGCAUUCGCGCCACGAUUUACGUACUUCCGUCAAACCGAUCAUGCCAACAACAUUUCGGGCGACAAACACCGCAAGAGCGCAUUCGGUAACGAGCCGACUCAUCAUUGUGUCAUUUCGGCAAGGAAUGACCCACGUCGGGUACAAUGUCAAUUGAUUGAGCAACGGAUUGAACGUGUGAAAGAGCAGGUAGCUCUUAACCAGCAUGCAAUCAACGACCAAGAAUUAAAAGUCGUUCGUGAGACGUCAGACAUGCAACAAGAGUCGCAACGCCGUCUUGAGGCUCUGCGUAAUCAUUCCCAGUUCCUUCAACGGAAACUAGAAUUCCUCUCUACGAUGCAUGCUAGUCUGCUGGAGCGGCUAGAAACUGCCGCGUCUUCACCAGACAACACUGUCGCAGAGCCUGAUACCGACACAGAAGAUGAGUAUUUUGAAGCAGACGAAGCUCAAAAUGCUAUCGACCCUGAACACAAGCACGCUGAUGCGCCUCCUAACCCUAUCACGGACUUCACCAACGACUUCAACAACCGGUUCAUCAUUCACAACAUCCACCUGAAGUGGGGCAACUCCCUACGGAACAUCAUACUCCGCUACAUACACCAAGUCAGUCAACGUCGAGGAUUCGUCUACUACAUGUCACGAAGGGCAGUAAAGUUCAUACUCGAUGUUGUUGAAGAGCAGAAUAAGUCUCGUGGACCAUCUACAUCUGGACCUGACGAAACACCCAUGGCUGGCGACAACGAGGCCGGACUGAAUAUUGACGAAACAAUCGAGCAGUUGCUUCGCGACGGCAGGAAUUUUGUCGACGCUGAUGAGGAAGACGCUAAAAGCAAGAGCACCAACGGUGCAUCCAACGGUGCUGGUGACCCUUCACAUGCGAAUCCGACAAAAGCGGAUGAAGAUGUCGCGGACGAUUACGUCUCUCAGAACUCGUAUCUCGUACGUUUGAUUGCACCGCAGAUCCAAUUGCAGAGCGAGAAAGACACCAAGUCUGCGGUACUUGUCACGGCCAAAGGCAUGCAGCUCAAGGUUCUACAAAUCAUGGACAAGGACCGUGUCAUGGACGAGGUCUCGGGUCUCGUUCAACGAAGGUUCAUCGCAGCUAUGGACAGCUUGCAAAUCUUCGUCACCAACUCAAAGACCUUUAGCAGUCCGGAGGAUAUCCACAUGUACUCCGGAAGCAUGUACGGAACGCCAGCUGGCUCAGCGUGGCCACCAUGGGUACCUUUCGAGGUCAUGUUCGAGUUCCAUAGCAAUCCAUUCGGCUUCCAGCGGGUGGUACAGCGAACUUCAGCCAGUAUGCGCUACGACAAGCACAACGCGCUGCGCCUGAAGUACAACGACGAUGUCUCGGCUGCCGACUCGGCCACAUCUGCUGACAACAUGGAGAGCCGUAUUGACCAUCUAUGGGUGGACUUCCCACACGUGCGGGCCCUGUGCGAUUCCAGGCAGUACUAUGCGAUGUACGUCAUCGUAUUGGAUCUUUUGCUGUACCACGAGCCUUUGGAAAAGACGCGUAAUGAGCGACUCGAGAAGAUCAUGCUUGCUUCCGACUUCACCGAUCUCGCAGGAGCUCCAAAGCUAGUCAUGGGUCUUCAAGAGCGUAUCCAGCAAUUAGAAGAGAUCAAAAAUGUCUUCCAGAUCAACGAGAAAUACCUGGACAAGCAAGGUUGGGAAGAUAGGAUUGAAGUUGAGAAAGACUUGGCUGUCUACGAGGACGAGCUCUUCUUCGUCAUGAAGGCGAUCACGACCGCACAACGCAAGCAAGACGAUCGUGCUCAAGCAAGAGACUCAACUGGCCUUUUGCGGAUGUAUGUCUCUGCAUCAGACAUCGUUUGGCAUCUGCUUCGCGAAGGCGCAGAGUCACUAGCAGAAUUCCAACUGAAGAACGUCGCAUUCGACCGCACAGACAACAACGAUGGAUCCAACUCGAACUCUUUGGAGAUUGAGCAAGUGCGAGGUCUGAACUUGCUACCUAACGCCCUAUACCCAGAGAUGAUUUCACCUUUCCUGGAGCAAGAUCAGACUCUUCCGGAAAACGCUAAAUGCCUCAAGGUGUACUUUGUGGCGCUUGAAUCGAUCGCUGGUAUCCCUGUCGUAGAGCACUUUGAAGUUGAGUUGUAUCCACUAAAGGUGCAGUUGGAGUACCAGAUCGGCAAGAAGCUGUUGCAAUAUGUCUUCCCUACGUACGGUGACAGCAAGACUGCGAACUCGUCGCCCUUCUUACUCAAGCAUACUCUGCCGACUCAGGAUGAGGAAGACGAAGAAACCGAUAGCAUCAUUUCUGGAGCGACAAGUAUGAGCGCCUCGCUUGCAGCUGAUGACGGCGCUGUGGAAGCGCUCAAACAACGACUUACACCCACACUUCAGCUGCCCGAUCCUGUACAGAAGUCCGACGCAAAGAGGAAGAGCUUGGUUAAGCGCCCAAGCGCUCACUAUUUCCGAUUCUUCAAAGACAGCAAUCCUUCUCGUAGUGGAACAGAGCUUCGUCGCACUCUUCACCCGAGCUCCGCCUUGGUCGUUCCUACAUUGGGUAACAGCUCCAAUACCUCCACAAGACCAAGCUCCGUCCGUUCAAGUACCACCAACUCAAGUCAGACUUUGAACGAGUCUGAUCGAACCGCGAAACGCUUUGCACUCUACCGCACCGGCACCAACCUGGGGGAGAAGAAGACCAACAAGAAGGAAGCCAGAAGUGACGAUCUGACUGAGAUGAUGAGUCGUGCGAGCGAGUACAUGACAGUUGCUUACUUCAAGAUCCCGUCUAUGGUACUGUGUCUUUCCUACAAGGGCAAGAGCACACGUAACUUUGAAGAUGUCCAUGAUCUGGUCUUCAGGAUGCCAACAAUUGAGUACCGCAACAAGACAUGGUCUAACCUAGACCUCGUCACGCAACUCAAGAAAGACGUCUUGAGAGCUCUCCUCUCCCAUGCCGGUACAAUCGUUGGCAACAAGAUCUCGCACCACCGACCCUCAGCCAAAGCACAGUCGCGCCUCCGACAGCUCGCCAACAGCAGCACGAUGCUCAACACCUCUCCCGAUCUCUCUGGCACCGAUUCAAACUCCAUGCGUGACCACUCCCCCGGUGGCUCCGAUCUCUCAGCCGAAGACCGCAUGCCCCGCCGUUCUUUCGCAUCCGGCCGCCAAGGUAGUCUCAUCAGCACCGUCUCGGAAGAAGGGUCAUCUCUCCAAUCGUCAAAACCACCUUCGACGUCCAAUCAAGCGCGUUCGACACACGGUUCCAUCAUGGGUGGCUUGAAUCAUCAUAGCAACGGACUAGGCCCCGAAGACGUCGACGACGGUCGCGCCUUUGCUGAUGAGCUGUCGAGAGUAGACAACACAGAGCCAGUCCACGCAAACCUCAUUCAUAGCUUGAGUAAACACAUCGCUGGGGUCAGCGCACCUUUCGCUGGGCACAUGAGAGGCAGAGCGGGUAGCGGCGCAGCCAGCAUGCGAGCUGCGAGUGUAGCCACUGGUAUUAGUGGCGUCAGUGGUAUGAGUGGACGGGAAGGCAGCGUCAUGGAAGAGGAUACCGAUGGUCCGAAGACGAAGAAGGCGAAAGCUCUGGGCAAGAAGUUGCUUGGUAGGGGGAAUUAG